UAGAAUUUAUAAAUAGUCCUUCCAAGAUAAAUGUAUCUAGAUUUGGUAAUUUUAUCUCCCAUCCUAAUGCCGUAAAACGUUAGAUAACACUAAAAAUAAAUUGGUAUAAAAAAGAGCCACAUAAAAAAGGAUCAAUUUGCCAAUUUUUAAAUUUUAAAAUUUUUACACUUUCCCUUCUUUUCUUAACAUCCCUUUUGAUAAAAAUAUGGUAUUAAAAGCAAGAGCUAUCUUUGAUUGUGCUGCGGACGAUGAUCAAGAAUUGUCUUUUAAAGAGAAUGCGAUUAUUGUGGAUAUUGUUGAAUCGACUGACAAAGGCUGGUUUGAAGGUACUUUAGAAGGUUCAAAAAUUCGUGGUUUAUUCCCUGAUAAUUAUGUCGAAUUUUUUGAAGUGGAAGAGAAACAAUUAAAACCUCCUCCAAAACUUCCUCCACGAAAAUUAUCUAACGAUACUAAUGGUGUUAUUGAAAAUAGUACACCCUCAUUUAAUAAAAAAUCCUCAGAUGAUCCUGUCAACAAUUCUGGUAUAACUGAGACACUUCCUGAACCAAAAAAACUUUCGGCUGCUAAAUUUGCUAUCUUUGAACAGUCAAAUAAUAAUAAUAAUAAUAAUUUAAAACCUCAAAAAGCGCCCCCGAUAAUAAA